AUGGAUAAACGCAAUUUACUAGUAGUAGCUAUACAAAAAGUAGGAGAUAUCAUAUUUUCCUCAUCGUCUGAGGAAAGUGACGAUGAUAGCCAAAUUUUAGAGCUGGCAGUGUGUGUGACUGAUAGAAAAGAGGUACCUCGUAUGCAAAACUAUGUCGAAACUGUUAUACCUCUGUUCGACGAUGGACAGUUCAAGUCACACUUUAGAAUGCUUCCAUCGACAUUUGAAUUUAUACUUCAAAUGAUUGCUCCUAAAUUGACUAGGCAUAAGCCUGGCUAUCCGACUAUACCACCAAAAAAACAGUUUCUUAUUGCUAUAUUGAAAAUGGCCACUCCAGAUUCUUAUAGGUCAAUUUGUGAAAAAUUUGAUGUUAGCCGAUCAUCUGCAUUGAAGGCUGUAAGAAGAGUCACCCAUUCUUUAGCAAAUUUAGCUCCACAUUUUAUUAUUUGGCCAGACACAGAUAGAACUUCAGUAGUUAAAAAUGGGUUUUCAUCUACAAAUUCUUUUCCUGGUGUUAUAGGAGCAUUGAUGGAACUCAUAUAA